AUGGAAGAAAAGAUAAAUGUUCUUACUCCCCCCCCCCUCCGUGAGCGAACAAAAAAUUUUUGUUCGCUCACGGAGGGGGGUUAAUUUUUAUUUUUUAAAAAAAAUUAUAUAUAAAUUUUUAAUUGUAAAAUAAUAUUUUUUUAUAAGUUGAAAAUUAUUUUAAAAAUAUUAUGGGGGGAGAGUAAGGGAAUUUCCCAAAAAAAAAAGAAUACCAUUUGAUUAAAGGUAAAACACAGCUUAAUUUUUCAAUAAUUUAAUAAUCAAUAAACCUAUUAGUAAUAAAUAUAUGCAUUCAGUUAAAAUAUUUUAUAUAUUUUCUUAUUUAAUAUAAUAAGCAAAUUCUCUAUAAAUCAUAAUAAAAAUGUACAAAGGGAAAAGAAAGUACAUUGAAAUUUGGCAGAAAGUUGAAAUUGCUGAAUUUUACAUUCAACACCAAAAUGAGAUGAGCAUGAGAGAUGUUGCUGCAAAGUUUCAUGUCAACUCCUUUAGCUCGAUUUCCGAAUGGGUGAAUAAGCUUGAUGAGUUGAAGAAAUCAGUAAAAUCUGAUAAAAAAUUAAAAUUAGAAAGCUUCACUCAAUUUCCAGAGCUAGAGAAAGAACUAGUUCAUUGGUUUACUGCAAUCCGUGAGCAAGGUAUUCAGGUUCUCAGAUCAACGAUUGAGGAGAAAGCAAAAAGUUUGGCGGCAGAAAUGGGAUUGGCGCGAUUCGGCUGUGGAGAUAAAUGGUGGCAAGGAUUUAGGACCAGAAAUAAUUUAUCUUUCAGAAAAAUCAAUGCCUCAAGCAUUAAGCCAAUCGAAGGGGGGGCGGGACUUGUCAGGCAAUACCUAGAUGAUUUAGCGUCAUUGCUUCCUCAAUUCGUUCCAUCUAACAUUUACAAUUUCGAUGAAACGAGAUUUGAUUGAGAUGUAAAAAGCAAGUUCACUUAUGAUUUCAAGGGAACUCAACGAAUUCUAGGCGUUCAAUCAGCUAAAAUGAACCAUUUUAUCACUGUUAUGCUUAUGAUUAGAGCUGAUGGAGAAAAAAUGCCUGCUUUGCUCAUUUUUCAAGAGAAAAAUGGCCAGAUCCCGAACCUUGUAAGAGAAAGACUGAAUAUUCCAGAAAAUGUCAUCAUAAAAUCAAAUAAAUCUGGCUACAUUUCUGACCAGAUUCUUAAUGACUACCUCAGAACAAUAUUGAGACGAGAAAACCAACUGCUGAUUUAUGAUCAGGCUGGAAGUCAUAAAACUAUCAUGAUUUCUAAUGCAAUUUCAGAUUUAGAUGCAACCAAAAUUGUGAUCCCUGGAGGGUGCACAAAGUAUUUGCAACCACUUGACGCACUGGUAAUUGCAAAUUUCAAAUCAAAAACAACAGAUUUCAGAAUCAAAUUCCAAAACAGAGCAGAUUGAAAGAAGAUCGAAAAGAACUGGAAACCUCAAAGCUCUUGAUCGCCAGCAACUGAUAAACAUUGCUUCAAAGGCGUGAGAUGCUGUAAGCCCUCAACUUGUCAGAAAAUCAUUUGAGUUGACGGGUUCUUAUGGCGUUAAUCAUCCAAAGAUUUUCAGCCAUCAAGUUAAUAUGAAGAAGUUAAUUAUCUAAUCGAUUUCUUCUAUUCAUUUUUUUGUCUUAAAUUUAAAAUUGUUAAAUUCAACCUUUUCACUUAUGGUAUUUUUUUUUUAACCCUUUGAAUAAUAUAUCAAACAAACUUAAUAAUUAUUUUUCAAUAUUAUCCUCUUUAUUUGUAUAUUAAAUAUAGAUAUAAUAAACUAUAUAUAAAAUUAUAUGUAAAAAAAUUUUUUGUUCGCUCACGGAGGGUGGGUUUUUGACCAAAAAAUAGGGAUUUUUCUAAUGGUUUUGUUCGCUCACGGAGGGGGGGGGGAGUUUAAAAGAGAAGGAAAUUACAAGCAAGCCAUCGAAAUCCUAGAACAAGAUUUUAUUACACUUGAUAAACGUAGUGCCGAAUACCAAGAGACCACUACAAGCCUCUGUGAGCUUUAUAACUUGCAUGCAAUGGAUAAGUUACAUCAAGGCGCUCAAAAUGAAGCCUUAAGUCUGUUAAAAAAAGCAGAAGAGCUCUCAGGAGCAAAUCCAGAUUUGCUUUCUGCUACUUAUAAUAACUACGCAUGCUAUUAUAAAAAGCAAGCAAAAUAUCGAACUGCAUUAAAAUUUUUACAAGACGCCUUAUCUAUUAACCCCACAGGUGAUGUUCAUCUGAAUCUAUGUGCAGUGAGUUCCCUUAUAGGGAAGCAUGACAAAGCUUUAGAAUAUGCAAUGCAAGCUGUUAUUUUGAUCCAGGAUGAAGCAUUCCAAGCUGCUUAUGAGCAAGAUUUUGCGACAAUUGAUAUAAGAGCGCCAAUAUUAGCAAUUGCUUUUCAUAAUGUUGCAGUUGAAAUGGAAUACACUUGGCUGAUAAUCAGAAAAAUUUUUUUUUUAUAAAAAAUUAUUAUUUCUUUAUAAUAAAUUAUUUAUAUAACUGUAUUUAAAAAGAGUAGUGUUUAUUUAGUAUGAAGAAUCGCUUGAUUAUUAUAGAAGAUCUGUCGAUUUCGCAGAAAAAUAUUUAUCCAAAGGCCAUUCUGUUAUUGAUAAUCUUAAAAAUGCGUAUGAUUCAGCCGUCAAGACUAGCAAUUUCAGAAAAACAAGGCUGAGAAAUAAAGAGAGAAAUGAAAACUUCAAAAGGAUCAUUGUCAGAGCAGAAAACAAAAGUAAAUCACCUUUUAUUGAAAAUAGAGAACUUUCACCUUUUCUUUUAAGAGCAAAAACUCCUGAAUCAAAACCUCCGUCAUCAAAUGGUCCUAGGAUGCCAGCAACUGAAAGAAACAAAAAUAUUGAGAAAAAGCCAAAAAAUGAUAAGCAAGCUCACUAUACUUUUCAUAAUAGAAAAUACCUCGCCGCAAAAACAAGCCGAGGGAAAAUAGAUGAUUUAGUGCAAUAUGUGCAGACAGAACCGUCUAAUGAUCAUCUUGAUACUUCUGAGGAAGAUAAUCCUCGUCCUAGAAAAAGUCCUGUUCCUUUUAGCCAGGAAAAGCUGAAAGAGUACCAAAAUCAAAUCAAAAGCGGAAGGUCUAAUAAAAAGCUUGAUGAAUAUAGAGAAAAUUUUUUAAUGGAUAAAAAUAUAAAGUCAUUUGUAGCAGACUUGAAAAAUCGUUUUAAAGAUAUAGUGGAAAACACAGAAAAAUAG